CAACUGUAUAAGAUUCUUGUGUAAUACCACUCCCCACGAUUGAUGGGAUGACAGUCUUUAUCUAGGUAUGAUUACUACCAAAGUCAAGAUCGAGCAAGGUGUGGUCGACACCAGAUGUUCCUUAUUGAAAGCACGAGGAAGCUGAAGCUUGACUGUCAAUGAGAAGAAUAGGCGGGACGAACGUACCGCCGUCCCGGGUAUACCAUGGCUAUAAGUACCUUCUCUCAUGCCACAAGAUAAACGUUAACGCCCGUCAUCAUCCACCUGACGAAAUCCACCCAAGCUCUUGAUAUCACAGCAAUGCCCUCACUCAAAGUACGAGAAGGCGAAGCCGAGUUUAACGUUCCUGGUGCAGGCAAGCCCUGCAAGACUUGGUACAAAGUAUAUGGUACUCUGCCCCAUCCACAAAACCCGCCUCUUGUGGUACUUCACGGCGGUCCUGGUUCAACCCACGACUACGUUGACGUCCUCUCCGAGCUCACGCGUCUAUUCGACGUACCCGUCAUACUUUAUGAUCAACUCGGCAAUGGACGCUCCACGCACCUCCAAGAGAAGAAUGGAGACGUUAAAUUCUGGACUGUACAGCUCUUCGUUGAUGAGUUGCACAACCUUCUUAACCACUUGAACAUCCACGACAACUACGACGUACUAGGGCACAGCUGGGGAGGGAUGCUGGCAUCAGAGUUUGCAACGCGUCAGCCAAAAGGUCUUAGGAAACUAGUGAUUUCCGACUCACCAGCGAGUAUGAUGUUGUGGGUUAAGGCCGCAACCGAGUUGAGGAAGGGGUUGCCGCAAGAAGUACAGGAUGCGUUGAAUAAGCACGAGGAGGAAGAUACAACAACGCAUCCAGAGUACAUUGCGGCAACGAACGAAUUUUACAAGCGACAUAUGUGUAGGAUCGACCCGAUGCCUAAGCCCCUUCUCGACACGCUUGCAUGGACAGACAAGGAUCCAACCGUGUACUUGACCAUGAACGGACCGAAUGAAUUUUACAUUACCGGCUCUCUAAAGACGUGGAGCGUGAUUGACCGGCUGCACAAUAUUCAAGCGACAACAUUGCUCAUCAACGGAAGAUACGAUGAAGCACACGACAUGGUCGUGGAGCCCUUCUUUCAGCGCAUCCCGAAGGUUCGAUGGAUACAAUUUGCAGACUCAGCACAUGUUCCGCAGCUGGAAGAGACGGAAAGGUAUAUGCAGGUGGUAUGGGCCUUCUUGCGGAGUUGAAGUACUGGAAGUAAAGAAGCAGCGUAAAAUAAAUGGUGAUGGGCUAUACAGUGUAUGAAAAAUUAUUAUGAGACCGAGGUGUAACAUCCAUGGAUUGUCGAGAACGUACAGAUCGGAUGACAUUGCAAUGGA